CCCUCUUCCCUUGAGCUGUUUCCUAGGGUGCUAUAGUCCCAAACCCCCAAAUCAAUGACAUCAUCUGACAACUGCUUGUGUGGACAAUGGGAAAGAAUAUUGUGCUUGGGGUAUGUCUAAGGCUUAUAAGAAAAGCCUUGAGCUGCAGGUUGAGUAUCUUAUAAUAAGCAGUGUGGGAACCUGCAGCCAAAUGUAUAUUGUUGGGUGAAUGUUCUCCAUCUGUUCUAGAUCCCUAACUAGAUACUGAGUCCCUUGAGGGUAAAUCCAUGCUCUAAUCUAGACUUUUUGGUCCCCCAACACCCAGCACAGUGGAUGGACGUGGAGAUUUGCCUACACUUCUACACCUGUGCUGUCCAAGAUGGUUCUCAUGCAGGAAUGAAAGACAUGGAGGGGAAGAGGGGGGCCAGCUCCCUGAGUCCUGUGUCCACCAGCUGCUGCUAAAUACCUCUCAGAAACUCUGCUUCUAGCUAAGGGGACCUACUUCUCUCGGGAAUCUCAAUACUUGGAACAAGAACCUUGUGGAUGGACCCUUUGGCAAAAUGAAUUGGACCAACCAUAGGUUCCAGGACUGGAGAGCCAGCAAUGCCUCCCUGGACAAUCCCACUCAAUUACUCUGCUCAGAGAACAUCACCACCCUGAAGCCAGAGACUAACCCUGAAGGACUCAGCAGUCUAAGCACAGCAGCCACAGCCCUUUCUGGCUCCAUUGCUGUGGUGGCCCUCAUCUUGCUCCUGGUGGGUCUCUUGUCCAUGACCCUGAAGAAAUGGAGGCAUAAGAGACUAUUUAAGAAACAACUGAGGCAUCAGGCCAACUUUCCCCACAAGUCCUCGGAUCUUUCCCGCCAUGCUGAUGCCAUAUAUUCCAACGUGAUCAACCUGGCCCCCCAGAAGGAGGACGACUUUGCUGUCUAUGCCAACAUGCCCCCUUUUCAUCACCCCAGGAGGACAUCGCCAGACCGAGUGGAAUAUGCCUCCAUUGUAUUCCACUGAUGGGAAGCCAACGAGAUGCUCAGAGUGGGGGUCAGACCUGGCCCAGCUGGAUCGUGGCAUACCCUUUGCUUUAGAUUUAUGUGUGUGUUAAAAAAAAUACAUAGGCCGGGAGCGGUGGCUCACACUUGUAUCCCUGGAGGCUA